AUGUUUGAGGGGAAGAAAGCUUCUCACAGUAAGAUAGUUGGUACCAUUGGAAGAAACAUCAAGAGAAGCAACUCUGGCAUGGCAUUUGAAUCAAAGCUAGCUGGAGCUAACAGAACAUCUAGUUUGGUGUCUCAGAUUGUCUACCCGGCUGCAUCCUUUGAGCCUUGGUCUCUCAAGAUCCCUUUAGGCGAUGGAUACCAUGAAAAUCUGUGUUCAGCUUCCUAG